CCCAGUUGUCUUGAAAGCGCCAUGAGUCAACAAGGGAGAGGCUAUACGGACAUGCCUGGUGCCCAAAAUGUAUGUCGCGCAGCGAGAGUUGAGUGGAAACGAACGGAUUCGGUUCAGUCAGUCAGUCGUCCAAAUGAUCCCUCCCCAGAUAUCUAGUUUAUGCUUGUGGCUAGAAAACAAACUUGUCUGCCUAAGUUGAGACUUGUAAGAGUUAGGAAAAUAAAUUGGGCAGGUAGCUAACUCUUUCUAACAUUUGCAGUUCCUCUUUCUCUCUCUAUUUUAACCCUGUAUAAUCAGUUUAAUUUUUUCUGCAUUUCUAACUGGAAAUUCUGGAUACGUGCCAGUUCUGAGCAGGGAUUGAGGAAAAGGAGGGCGGAAAGGAGAUAGUGAAGGAAAGAGGGAGUCAGUGAAGAGAGGGGCCUCCUGAUGUAAUUUUACUGAAGUGAAAGUAAACUAAAGCAGGGCAUUGCAUACCGAAACAAAGUCUGCUGCUCCUCACAAGGCUAACAACAACACAGCAGCACGGUGUCCAACAUUCAACAAGAAAACAGGAAAACUCCCACACACUCAGAUAUGGCGUCCCCUCGCAGUCUCUUGCUCAAAGAGAAGAUAAUGUGCUGUAUCUGUCUGGAUGUGUUCACUGAGCCAGUCACUACUCCAUGUGGUCACAACUUCUGCAAGGCCUGUAUCAGCGGAUACUGGAAUAGGACUGGCCUGUGUCAGUGUCCAAUGUGUAAGGAUAUGUUUUACAGAAAACCUGAGCUCAAAAUCAACACAACACUCAGAGAUGUUGCAGAUCAUUUUAAGAGGAUGAGAGACAGAGACAGAGAUGAGUCCUUUGUUGAGCCAGGAGAGGUGGCCUGUGAUGUCUGCACUGGGAGAAAGCACAAGGCCCUGAAGUCCUGCCUGGAGUGUCUGACCUCUUACUGUGAGACUCACCUGCAGCCUCAUUAUAGAGUUGCUGGUCUAAAGAGACACAAGCUGAUCGAACCUGUGGAGAACCUGGAAGACAGGAUGUGUAAGAAGCACGAGAGACUCCUGGAGAUGUUCUGUAGGACUGACCAGACGUGUGUGUGUAAGUUCUGCACUGAGACAGACCACAAGACUCACCUCACCGUCCCUCUAGAGGAAGAGUUUGGACAAAGGAAGGCUCAGCUGGUGAAGACUGAGGCAGAAGUUCAGCAGAUGAUCCAGGACAGACUGCAGAAGGUUCAGGAGAUCAAACACUCAGUAAAGCUCAGCAAGAAAGAUGCAGAGAGAGAGAUGGCACACACCGUAUAUGUCUUCACUGCUCUGGUGUGCUCCAUUGAGAGAAGCCAUGCUGAACUCCUUGAGGUGAUUAGGGAGAAGCAGAAAGCAACCCAGCGGCAGGCUGAGGGGCUCAUUGAAGAGCUAGAGCAGGAAAUCACUGAGCUACAGAGGAGACGUACUGAGCUGGAGCAGCUGUCACACACUGAGGACCAACUCCACCUCCUCCAGAGCUCCCCACCCCUCUGUCACCUUCCUCCCACCAAGGACUGGUCUCAGAUCUGUGUUCACAGUGAUUUGUGUGUGGGCAACAUGAUGAGGAGAGCUCUGUCUAAGUUGAAGGAGACUGCGAGGGAAAUUUCGGAGCUUCAGAAGGAAGUCAAUAAAGCAAUGGAGAAAUUGUGUGACGCUGAGCUGAAGUGUAUGCAGCAGUAUGCAGUGGAUGUGACUCUUGAUUCUGGAACAGCAUUUUCAUUCCUUGUUCUUUCUAAGGACAGGAAACAAGUGGGAUGUGGAGACACAAGACAGGAACUCCUUGAUCACACAAAGAGAUUUAACAAUAGUUUCUCUGUCCUGGGUAAGGAGGGUUUCUCCUCUGGGAGAUUCUACUAUGAGGUGCAGGUAAAGGGGAAGACAUGGUGGUGGCUAGGAGUAGCCAGAGAGUCCAUCGACAGGAAGGGGAGUUCAAACCUGAGCUCUGAUGGACUCUGGACUGUGUGGCUGAAUGGCAAGAAUGGGUAUGGAGCCAGCACUUACUACCCUGUCCCUCUCUCCCUGAGAGAGAAGCCCCAGAAGGUGGGGGUGUUUGUGGAUUAUGAGAAAGGUCAGGUCUCCUUCUAUGAUGUGGAGGCCAAGUCUCAUAUCUACUCCUUCAAUGGAUGCAACUUCACUGAGAAACUCUAUCCAUAUUUCAACCCCUAUCUUAGCUGUAGUGGUGAAAACUCAGCCCCACUGGUCAUCUCCAAGUUGUGACUAAAUUGUAAAAUGUUCAGCACUUGAUUAGUUUGGAAUACUACAGAUCAAGAUUGUUGUGUGUGCAUCUCAAACUGUAUAAAGUAUAAUCCCUUACCUCCCAUGGACAAAGGUUUUGAAAAUGUUCCCUCAGCAUUGCAAGUAUUGAGAGCAAGACUGAUGGUUCUGAGUGAUGUCAGAAUGUUGGUCAGAUCUAAACUGUAAAGAGAGAUACAAGUCUAUUUUGACACGCUCUUCUGUAUAUCAAAUUUAAUUUGUCAAAUACAACAAGUGUAGACUUUACUGUGAAAUGCUUACUUACGAGCCCUAACGAU